AUGCCUCACGCCGAAUCUCCAGAGCGAGAACUACCCAGCUUCAAUGGCCAAAAGCUCUACGUGAACGAUGGACUCCUCCAUCCUGAACAAGUAGGCGCUUUGAAGGAAUCUUCUCCGGAUCUGCCGGUUGAAGAGCUCCGACGCCGCUAUGAAGAAGAUGGCUACGUGUUUCUGAAGGGCCUGCUACCUCGCGAGGAUGUGCUGAAGGCCCGACAAGCAUACUUUGAAAGGCUUGCCCCCAGCGGUGUAUUGAAGCCCGGGACUGCGGCGGUCGACGGAGUCUUUGAUGAUGCAAAAGAUGCUGCCGACUAUCCUGGCAUAGGUGCCGGCGCUUCCCCAGGAAACGGCAAGCCUGGAGCUGGUACUGCUGAGGUUUUUGUCGACCUCGCAUUGCAGGCGCACUAUGACGAUUGGUAUAAGGAGAAGUUCUGCAAGCAUCCUGUCCUCAGAGAUACCAUCGCUCGCAUUUCGGGUUGGGGUGAUAACACACUAGCAGUGCGAAGGAGUUUGCUGAGGAAUAAUACUCCCGGCAAUAAAGCGAUCGGAGUGCAUUAUGACCAGAUCUUCUUGAGGCACGGAGAGCCGACUAGUUUCACUGCUUGGGUUCCUAUGGGUGACAUUAGCUUGACUGGAGGAGGUUUGAUUUACCUCGAGAAUGGCCAUACGUUGGGUCGGGAGAUCGAAGCAGACUUCACACGGAAGGCAAAAGAGAAUGGGUUGACGGACGAGGAAACCAAUGAGACUUUCAGAAGACGAUGGCUGGUGACAUCCUAUGAGGCGGGGGAUGUUGUUCUACAUACGCCGUACUCAAUCCAUGCUUCGACAAUGAACUUUGACCCCGGCAACGUCAUCCGGGUCGGGACGGACUUGCGCUUCGUAGACAGCAGCAGACCAUGGGACAAGCGAUGGGACAAGGACUACGAAUUCAACGAUGGUGUCUAA